AUGAAUUUAUAAUAAUAAGAAAGACAAAGAGUCACAGACAACCUAAGUUAAAUAUCUUAAUUGAGCACCAGAGCACCUACAGUUAUAAAUCAGCAAUAGGAAUCACUGCCAUUUAUAUCCUAUACAACUGAAAAUGUGGAUAGACAAUAAAAGUAAUAGGAAGAAAAUGAAAGAAAAUAAAAACUAAUGGCCGAAGCACGCAAAUUAAUGGUGCCCACUCAAGAAAGCUAAAUCAAAUCACAAUUAAGAUAAUUAGGCUAACCAGUAACUUAUUUUGGAGAAAGUGCAGCUGAUAGAAGAUAGCGUCUACGUACAUUGUUAACAGAACAUUUGAUGUAAUACGGUAGAUUGCCUUAAUUUUUUAAACAAUAGAACAAUCACAAUAUGGGCAAUUUAGAAAAUGAAUAUUUCUUAUACGAAGGACUCGAAUAAUUAAGAGCUGCCAGAAUCGAAAUAGCCAAACUGUCUCUUCAUAAUGCAGCGCUCAGAGUUGAAAAACUAAGACUCAGAAGAUUAACUGUGGAUGCUUUGCAAGAAGAUCAAGAAGUCUUGGAAGAAUUGCAAAAAGUAAAUCACUUUGCAAUUUAAAUGUCCCAAUUCGGGGAUUCUUCUGGCAUCUCUAGAUCAACCAUUAGUCCAAAUUAAAAAUAUCUUGCAACUGCUGGUGGAUCUGGAGAAUGCAAAUUAUGGGACAUUGAAACUGCUUCACUUAAGUCUAGUUUGUUGGGACAUCUAACCAAAUGUCAUUCUAUUGCAUUUCAUCCCCAAUCCUUAUUGACAUUAUCUCCCUAAUCUUUUGCUAAUGUUGCUACUGCUUCAGCUGAUCUCUCUAUCAGAUUGUGGACUCUGGAUUUGGAUUAGCCAGAAGUUGAAAAUUUAGGAAUCCUAUAAAAAUCAAUUGUUUUGAAGGGACAUGAAGACAGAAUUAACAAAGUGAUAUUUCAUUAAGAUGGCAAAAGAUUAAUCAGUAUGGGUUUUGAUAAGACAUGGAGAUUGUGGGAUAUUGAAACUUAAACUGAAUUAAUGGUAUAAACUGGACAUUCCAGGGGAAUCUAUUCAGGAGCCUUGCAUCCAGAUGGUUCAUUAUUAUUUACAGGAGAUUUGGGAGGAUUUGGAAUGGCAUGGGAUUUGAGGAUAGGCAAAGGCAUUUUGCCAUUUGUAGGUCAUGUCAAAGGAAUAUUAGCUAGUGAUUUUAGUAUGAAUGGUUCUCAUCUUGCAACUGGAGGAGAUGAUAAUUUCAUAAGGGUUUGGGAUAUCAGAAGAAGAAACGUAAUUGAAAAGAUACCUGCACAUAUCAAAUUAGUGAGCGAUCUGAAAUUUUAGCCUAUUUAUAGUAAAUUCUUAAUUAGUGCUUCUUAUGAUGGAAAUAUUAAGUUUUGGAAUUCAAGAGAUUGGAGUUUGCACUCUGUUUAUGAGACAUCAGAUACAAAACAUACUUCUGUCUGUAUAACGAAUGACAUAAAGACUAUGAUUUCUACAGGUUUAGACAGAAAAUUUGUUAUUUGGUAAUGA